AGGACAGAGCGGUGGUAUGACCCAGUUGUCAAACUUUGGGCUGCACACGUUAGCCUGAGCAUCGACGAAGGAGCGCACAGAGAUCAUUUGGCACUCGAACGCACUUUCCUAGGCUACCUCCGUACCUCCCUUAUCCUUGUCAUGACAGGAGUUUUGACCGCUCAGCUCUUCCACUUACAGCAUUCGGCUACGCCUAACCCGCACUUUGGUUUCUACAAGGUCGGGAAACCGCUUGCAGCAACCUUGAUCUGCAUGGCUAUUGUCGUGGUGUUAGUAGGGGCAAUCAGGUUUUGGCGGCUACAGAGGGCGCUUGUGAGAGGGAAGGCCAUGGCAGGAGGGUGGGAGGUAGGGCUCGUCAUGGUUUUGAUGAUAUGUUUGCUGUUGGUGACAUUCGCGGUGGUUGUUGGGGUAGACAUCGAGAAGACGUACUUU